UGAUAUUAUGGGUGGGCUGAUAUUAUCGGACAUCCCCAGUGUCCACCCCUUCUUCAGUAUAUCAUACAACAAAUGAGCCAUCACUUUAAAACAAAAUGACAACCAACAGUGAUUAUAUGCCUAACAGAUUAUGUGAUGAUGCAUGAAUCAUAAUAAACCAAAUUAUAUGAUGUACAUAACAAACAAAAACAAAAUAAACUGCUUCAUUAGGGUGGGCUUCUUUUUCUUCCUUCACUUUCCUCUGUCUCUUUAGGACCCUGUAGCACCUGCUGAUCCCUCGGAGCCUUUGACGUCAGCGCUGUAAACAUAGAGAUCACCGGUGCGCCGCGGCAGCGCCGGUGCUACAGGCGGAGCGACCGUCCAGCGCGCAACGCACGCGCCUGCGGUGGCACCAGCAGCAGCAGCAGCAGCAGGGACAACACUCAGCUCGGCUCAGCUGAGACUUCCGCUUAUCAAGAGGAAGGUACACAUCAGCACACGUUACACUCCCACUCUCUCAGACAAGCACCAGCGACGCCCUCGCCUGGGGUUCGAACCCUCCAGACUCGCCAUGUCCUCUGCUGUCACCGAGACGGAGGAGUCGGCGCACAGUUCCCAGCUCACUCCGCUCAAACUGGUCGGGCUGGUGUGCGUCUUCCUGGCGCUAUGUCUGGACGUGGGAGCCGUGAUGAGCCCGGCGUGGGUGACCGCUGACGACCAGUACUACCUGUCGCUGUGGGAGUCCUGCUGGAAACCGACGAGCACCGAGAAGUGGCAGUGCAGCAGCACUCUGGGCUCAGACUGGCAGGUCGCGACACUUGCCCUGUUGCUAGGGGGCGGAGCCCUGGUGCUGAUGUCAUUUCUGGUCGCCCUGGUUGCCGUGUGCAUCGGCACGAGACGGCGAUUUUAUGCACCCGUCGCUUUCAUGCUCUUCGCUGCAGUUGUCCUCCAGGCCUGCAGCUUGGUCCUCUACCCCAUUAAAUUCAUCGAGAGCAUCAACCUGCGAAUCUACCAUGAAUUCAACUGGGGCUAUGGCCUGGCCUGGGGAGGAACCAUCUUCUCCUUUGGCGGGGGAAUCCUCUACUGCCUCAACCCCAAGAGCUAUGAGGAGUACUAUUAGGUCACAUUCAAGAUGGACAUCCUUCAGUUACAUGUGAGAGGUAUUCGGGGGGUGGGGUGGGGGUCAGGAAGUGUAUGUGUUUGGAACGGGGCACCUUUGAAAGGCUCAGUUCCCAAGAACUGUAAGGAAUACUGUACCCUGACUGGAUCAGAGCCAGAAACUAAAUCAUAAUCGCGAGGAAGCUGGCAGUCGAGACGAGCUGGAGAGCUAAAUGAACUGGCAGCUCUAAAGUCAGCAGGCCCCAUCCAGGCCUGGGGGGAUUGUUGGGAUGGGUCAGGGUCUUACUUUAUUUCCAGGACACACUGGUGACACAGUAGCAACCACAAAUCAAGAAUAACUGGUAUUUCAUCGCCAGUGGAAAACGGAAGUAUUGAAUGUGUUACUGAGGAAACGGGAUGUAACCGUGGGAGGCUUUAACUUCAUGUUUACACUCACAUGUCCAUGCAAGGACGACCACGCUUCACUUGUAGACGUCUAACACUUGUGCUGGACAUCAUCAUUAACAUCAUCGUCAUCAAACUUUCACAGAGACUAAAGGGAGGGAUAAGACACUUUAGUUGCACUUCAUGAGACAUACGGUUUCUCUUGUGUGUGUGUGUGUGAGUGACGUCCAAUCAAUAUUCUCUUAUCGAGCCUCUCGUCUGUUGCUGUGGGAAGCCACAGGGUGCGCGCACACAGCUGUCAUGAUAGAUUAGCUGUGGCCAGAGAUGUGAGACAGGGCUGCACUCUGCUGCCUCCUGGAGUCUGCUACAUUUCAUUUCCCUAUUGAGGGAAGUUUCUCCUCGCCAUGAUGUCUGGAGCAUCCUUCCUCUUCGGCUAUAUAUAGUGCACUGCAGCCAUAAGCUUUCAGCAAGGCUGGUGACUGCUGGAGUCCCGAGCUGUGUCGGUGUGGUUCAGACAGCGUUCACAGUAGUUUCACUGACUUUGUUGUUAGAUCCAUGGCAAAGUGGUGUUCGCUGUUGUUGGGUGAACUUUGUCUGACAAAACCACCACCAAUGGGAAGCAUGGACUUGGACAUCUGAUUACUGCAUGGUCCAACAGAGGGCGCUCUAAGCACAGCUUGGCCACUUUGACUGCCCUCUUGCCCCACUGAAAAAUAAGACCGUGAUGAUUUGUGGUUUACAGUAACAGUGAAAAUGUGGACUCACCUGUUAGCGCCACCUAUGUGAGGGAGCCAUUACAGACGAAGAGCGACUUCACAGGACAGAUAAUAAGAGUAAUAAGAAAUAAUGUCACGUUUGUGUGCGGUGGUGUUGGGGGAAGAUACGUAUAUCUUUAAAUAAAUAGUGUGUCACGUAAUAUGUAUUCAAACUUGAUUUUGAUAAAGGUUGACAGCCCUAUUGGCUACUGCCUGUGCUGGAAUAUUUGCAUCACAUGAUGUGAUUGGCAAGUGUUUGAUAAUGAUACCUGGAAUGGGGCACAGGCGUUUUUUUGGAUACAAAGAAAACAGCAUAGCAUCAGCAAAAUUCACAGGGUGAAAAAAAAACAAUCCUUGAACAUAAGACAACACACACAGAGAAAAAUACAAGUCAGAGGAACAGAAACGCCAAAUUACAACAGAAUAACCACAUAGACAGACCAUGACAAUCCUUAUUCAUCAUGUUCAUGCUUUUCUUCUAUUGUAUGAGUCAAUUCCUUCAUGUAUCCCAUUGUUUCUAAUGGACACAAUAUGAACACUGCAAUUACUGAGCUGUAAUCUGAAGCAUUUGACAAGCUCUUUCACACUGCAGUUAAACCUCCCCAUGUAGAUUCAUUGUGUAUAUUCUAAUGGCCUUCAUGUGGAUUUGUUGUUUUACUGCAGUCACUGUUAACUCCGUCUUUUCAUUUAGUAAAAAUCGCUGUUCCAGCCAUUAUUCCAUUAGUCAUGCCGACUGAAUGAGUCAUUUCAGCGAAGAAGUUUGAAAGAUGUCGUGGCUUCUCCAGGGAACCGCUGUUCGGUUUUGUUGGGUCACGAGAAUUUCUGUUAAGCCAAUGUCAUGUGACCCCACAGACGACCUGACACGAUGGACAAGUGACGUAGAAAAGAUCAUCAUCGCCAGUAUGAUGUUUUUAAUAUGGUUGCUCCUGUAUUUAAUACUGUAUGAUCACAGUUAAGUGGGGGUGUCUUUUGUUCCCUAGAACUACUGUCUCUGUGCUUAGUUGGUGUAGAGCCAUGGUUCUCAAACUGUGGUACAUGUACCACCAGUGGUACGUGAUCUUCCUUAAACAUAAUUAAAAAAUGAUUAGAGUCAACUUAUCUCUCGCUCCAUCUUAAUCUAAUUUCACUUCACCAGUGUCUCAAGUAUAUGUGAAGAAGAGGAGGAUGAGAGAGCAAAUUAUCUUAUUGGGACUAGAUUUUACUUCAAGAUCUCAAUAUUUUCUCAGGUGGUACUUGGUAUAAACAGUUUGAGAACCACUGGUAUAGAGGAAGCUUAAUAGGCACUAACACUGUAACAGACCUGGGUUAAAAUAUACAGGAAUUAUUGAAAAAUGCACCAAGGACCUGGCUAUAUACACUAGUACAGUCUACAAUAUUUAACAAAACAUGUUUGCAGCUUUAACUCAUCGUUACACAGCUUUCCCCAAAUGUAAACUGCUCACUCUUCGUAUGAAAGUACAUUGAGAAAAUCUGAUAUUUUACUAAAGUUUUCGAUUCACCUCUGCCUCCAUUGAUAAGUUCACUUGUGUUGUUUUCCCACAUCAGUGUUUGAAUCGCCUUUGAAUCGCCUAAAUUUGAUGCACUAAUGAACUGCUGUUCAUUUGCAAUGGUUCUCUGUCAAUCUUCAUUUAUGUGUCAGACACAUACAACACAUAAGAUAAAUCCUGUGUCAGGUAGUUUAAAGUAUGUAAAAAAAAAAAAAAAGUGCAGUUGUUUUAGUACACCAUCUUUUUUUCCCCAAGAAGUAAAGGAAAAAAAAUGCAGUAAAUCUGAGCAGGUGCAUGUUAAAAAAUGAUUGUUUUUAAUUGGGAGCUGAAAUCAGUGUCCCAUCAUUUGUAAUGACAAGGCUCUGAUUCUCAUGACAAUGCUAUUGUGCUCACACUAGGCUGACCUACAUGCUUUGAUUGUUAAUGAAGCUCCUUAGUGUGGCUCUGCGUCAAUAAGGAGAUCAGUGUUAGGCCUCUUUGUGUCAUUACUGUGGGGCAGUAGAACAGUUUAACUGCCCCUCCAAUCAUUAUUACUUGUGUUUGACCCGUGCUGGUUCUCUGUACCUUUUAUCCCAGGUCUCACUUAUAGUCAUUAGCAUUUGUUUGGUUGUUAAUUCACUGAUGAAAAGUAGAAGCUCGGCUGUUUAAUGCAUCAUCUCCCAGUAGACUGAGAGAAACACUGUCUAAUGAUGAACAUAGGGAUUUAGAAUGUUUGUGUGUGUGUGUGUGUGUGUGUGUAAUGACAGCAGAGGACUGUGAUUGUGUUUGAUAGAAAGACGAACUGUUUGUGUGUGCGUGUGUUGGCAUAUUUUAGAUGCUGCUGUAGAGAUGUCAAUAAUCAGCAUUUAUCUCUUUGUACAUUGGAACAUUAAAGCACUGAA